AUGGUCCCGAACCCGGUCACGGUCUGCGCGCACAGCGUGAGCUCGUUCGUGGAGGAGCGCGACGCCGCGCUGGCGCGCACGUUCGUCGGGAGAACGCUCUCAAGCCAGGAGUUUGUAGCGAAUUUCCAGGGCGUCACGGUCGACCUGGUCGACGUUCUGCUGCGCCUGCAGCUGGGCUGGCAGUACCAGGUCAAGGUGUACGAGGACAUCAACGUCAUGCUGUACGCGGUGCGCAAGGGCGUCGACUGCGACUUCGCGGCCUCGGCGAUCAGCAUCACCGCGGCGCGCGAGUCGUGCGACGCGCGCUGCACCGACCCCGCGGCCGGGGAGGCGGCCGUCGCGCGGCACGCGUGCUGCCUCGACUUCACGGCCGACUACUUCCCGUCGGGCACGGCCAUCUUGUCCAAGUGGUCGCGCGCGACCAGCGACGGCGGGCUGACGAGCGUGUUUCGGAAGUUCAUCGACCCGGGGCUCGUCAACGCGCUCAGCACGACCUUCAUCGCGCUCAUGGUCGUCGCGCACGUCCUCUGGCUCAUCGAGUCGCGCGUCCAGCCCAACCGCAUCCACCCGAAGUACAUGGAGGGCAUCGACGAGGGCCUGUGGCUCAGCAUCGUCACGCUCACCACUGUCGGGUACGGCGAUUACUACCCGGUCAGCGGCCUCGGGCGGCUGUCGACGGCGCUGUGGAUGAUCAUCGGCCUCCUCUUCACGUCCUCGAUCAACGGGAUCCUCGCGUCGGUGUGGAUCGAGGCGCGCGACAACUCCCCCGUCUUCGUCGGCUCGCUGUCUGCGCUGAACGGCCUGCGCGUGUGCACGACGCCCGGCGCGCUGGCCUCCUCUCUGCGCAACGUCGCGCCCGCGUCGCUGGCGCUCGUGUCCACGCAGCGCGAGUGCAUCGACGGCCUCAUCGCGGGCCAGUACGACGCCGCGGCCAUCGACUGGGCCGUCGGCGUGUCGGUCAUCGAGCGCAACACCGUCCCCGACGACGUGGCGCUGACCGGCAUCCUCUGGCCCGGGCCGCUCGCGUUCGCGUUCGCGGAGGGCGCGCCGCUCGAGGGGCCCGUCAACGCCGCGCUCUUGACGUACCUCGAGGGCGGUGAGGACGCCGUCAAGAUCCCCAGCUUUGCCGACAUCACGGGGGACUUUUUCGCCGGCGAACGCGGGCCCAAGGGGGUGUCGAACCUGGCGUUGUUCGGGGACGGCGAGACGGAGAUCGACAAGCAGAACGCGACGCUGGACACGACGGGGGAGUACGCGUGGGGCGUGAUCGGCGCCGCGCUCGGCAUGAUCUUUCUGUGGGCGCUCUUCUUCCUCGUCGUGCAGUACGUGAGGAUGAAGCGGCGGCGCGAGCUGCUGCAGCGGCGCAUGGCGCCGCAGAAGCUGCAGCGGCAGGUCACGCUCGACGGCGACGACGACAACGGCAUCAUCGCGGGCGAGCAGGCGGACAAGGUGGACCCCCUCCGGAAGAUGGAGAAGAAGACCUCUCUGCGGCACAUCGGAGAGGGCAGCAAGAGGCUGUUUUCCGGCAUGACGAUGCUGCUGAACAAGGGGCUGGGGGAGCUGGCCGCGGCGAUCGCGGACGUCGAGGUGGCGGUGCAGGAGGACGCGGAGAAGCUGCAGGACAACAUCGUGGACGACAUCGUGGGGCCCCCGCCGGACGUGGGCGCCCCCGCGCCGGCCAAUGGCGCCGCGGGAGCCGACGGCGCGAACGGCAACCCCGUCAGCGCCGGAGGCGUGCCCGCGAACGACGCGCUGGCGCAGGUGUCGCGGAGGCUGUCGGUGGAGGUGCCGGGCGGGCCGGCGGGGGUGCCGCCACCGGCCACGCCCAGCGCGGUUGCGCUCGCGAUGGCGGGCAGCGCGGCGCCGGCCAGCGUGGCGCCCGGCGAGGACGUGUCGGACGUCGUGCAGUACCUCAAGCUCGCCGACGCGCGGCAGCGCAUCAUCUCGCGCGUCCUGAUGCUCCUGGCCACGGGCUCCUCCGGCCUCAGCGCCGACAAGCUGAUGGAGGUGGACGAGCUGGACGCGGCGCUGGAGAAGCUGGACGAGCUGUCGGCGGUGAAGCGCAAGCAGGCCGCGAUGGAGCGGCUCGCGCGCGGCUCGCGGCUCCCGUCGGUGCCGGAGUCGCGCGCGCUGAGCGAGUACCGCCCCAGCAACCAGGGGGACUCCGCGGUGCUGGACACCGGCCGAGGGGGGUCGCAGCGGGCCGCGCUCUCGCCGAUGGGGGGCGCGCCGCCGGGGACGGCGCGGUUCAGGGCACCGCCGCGCGUCGCGGGGUCGAGCAGCAGCGACAAGGCGUGA